CUGCGGGGAGACCCAGACCCCUCGGGUUUCUCGCUCGCUCGCGCGGUGGCGGCGGGAAGGACCCCCAACGCCCGCGCUGGGGUUGCGGCUGGCGCGCCCGGGCUAGGCUCCAGGCACCGGGCGUUGGGGGCCGGGGACGGGCGCGGUGCUCCGGGCGGGGCCGAGCCGGGAAGCGGGCUCGUGCGUCAGCCUCACGCGCGGGGAAGGAAGCCGACCCGAGGCCCCGGGCGGCCGGAGCGGGCGCCUUGGCACGUCCGCAGGCUCAGCCGGGAGGUGGCGGCCGCUGAGAGGCGGGAGAGCCGAGGGCGGGCCUGGGAGGCGGCCGGGAGGUGGGGCGUCGCUGGGGGCCGGCCCGCGCGGGCUUCAUCAGCGGACGCGCGGCCUGCGCCAGAGUGCUGGGACCGGGAGGGGCCGGGCGUCGAGCAGCCAGAGCGGCUAUGGGCCGCCGCUGGGGCUUCCUGAUCGGCCUCGUGGGGGCCGUGUGGCUGCUCGGCUCGGGUCGCGGUGGGCAGCAGCCCCCGGAGACGGCGGCGCAGAGGUGCUUCUGCCAGGUUAGCGGUUACUUGGAUGAUUGUACCUGUGAUGUUGAAACCAUUGAUAGAUUUAAUAACUACAGGCUUUUCCCAAGACUACAAAAACUUCUUGAAAGUGACUACUUUAGAUAUUACAAGGUAAACCUGAAGAGGCCGUGUCCUUUCUGGAACGAUAUCAACCAGUGUGGUCGGAGAGACUGUGCUGUCAAGCCGUGUCAGUCGGAUGAAGUUCCUGAUGGAAUUAAAUCGGCAAGCUACAAGUAUUCUGAGGUAGCCAAUAAUCUCAUUGAAGAAUGUGAGCAAGCUGAACGGCUUGGUGCUGUGGAUGAAUCGCUGAGCGAGGAAACACAGAAGGCUGUGCUUCAGUGGACCAAGCAUGAUGACUCCUCAGACAGCUUCUGUGAAGCUGAUGAUAUACAGUCUCCUGAUGCCGAAUAUGUAGAUUUGCUCCUUAAUCCUGAGCGCUACACGGGUUACAAAGGACCAGAUGCUUGGAAGAUAUGGAAUGUCAUCUAUGAAGAAAACUGUUUUAAGCCACAGACAAUUAAAAGACCUUUAAAUCCUUUGGCUUCUAGUCAAGGGAAAAGUGAAGAGAACACUUUUUACAGCUGGCUAGAAGGCCUCUGUGUAGAAAAAAGAGCAUUCUACAGACUUAUAUCUGGCCUACAUGCAAGCAUUAAUGUGCAUUUGAGUGCACGAUAUCUUCUACAAGAAACGUGGUUGGAAAAGAAAUGGGGACACAACAUUACAGAAUUUCAGCAGCGGUUUGAUGGAAUUUUGACUGAAGGAGAAGGUCCAAGAAGGCUUAAGAAUUUGUAUUUUCUCUACUUAAUAGAAUUAAGGGCUUUAUCUAAAGUGGUACCAUUCUUUGAGCGCCCAGAUUUUCAACUCUUCACUGGAAAUAAAGUUCAGGAUGCAGAAAACAAAAUGUUACUUCUGGAAAUACUUCAUGAAAUCAAAUCAUUUCCUUUGCAUUUUGAUGAGAAUUCCUUUUUUGCUGGUGAUAAAAAAGAAGCAAACAAACUGAAGGAGGACUUUCGACUGCAUUUUAGAAAUAUUUCUAGAAUCAUGGAUUGUGUUGGUUGUUUUAAGUGUCGACUGUGGGGAAAGCUUCAGAUACAGGGUUUGGGGACUGCUCUGAAGAUUUUGUUUUCUGAGAAACUGAUAGCAAAUAUGCCAGAAAGUGGGCCGAGCUAUGAAUUCCAUCUAACCCGACAAGAAAUAGUAUCAUUAUUUAAUGCAUUUGGAAGAAUUUCCACGAGUGUGAAAGAAUUAGAAAACUUCAGGAAUUUGUUACAAAAUAUUCAUUAAAGAAAACAGAAAACAAGUUGAAAUGUGCCUGUUUCUGGACUAUGAAGGCCAAAGAGUGGAAUUUCAUUCAGAGGCAUAUGAGCAAUGACAUUCUUAAGCCAAACAUUUUAUAUAAAGCUGCUUUUGUAAAAGGAGAAUUAUAUUGUUUAAGUAGACAAUUUUUUUUAAUUGUGUUAAGUCUGUGUAUAAUAUUAUUGUGAGUAAAAGUAAUACUUUGUUGAUGUGGUAAAAAUUUUAAAGUUUAACAUUGAAUAAAAUGAGGAUUAUCAAAUUCAUAUAUGUUAAAACUAAGUAAAUGUUGUAAGUCUCUCAAGAAUUUUGUGUUAAGAAGAUGUAAUAUAAAUAAAGCUAUGGUCGGUGUGUUGACCGCUUUAUAGGAAAAUGCUGAGAAGGCUCAUGAAUAAUCCAUAAUUAACAGCCUAAAAUUUUUCAGUACAUUGAGGGUUACCAGCUUUAGUGAAAAAAAAAAAAUACAGAAUGCCCAGUUAAAUUUGACUUUCAGGUAAAAAAUGAAUAAUGUUUUAAGGUAAGCUUGCUUUAGGCAAUAUUUGGGACAUACUUACACCAAAAAUUAUUUCCUGUUUAAAAUUCAGAUUUAACUGGGAAUCCUGUGUUUUAUCUGGCAACCCAAAAAGUACAUUGGUAUGAAAUAAAUCUGUUUUAGAAUUAUAUUGCUAUUUUGAUUGGCUCGUUUUGGUGUCUAGAAAGAUAUAAUACCAACUCAAAGACUUAAGGGAUUUCUAAACAUUGUGAAAAGUUGAAUAGAUUUAUAUAUUUAUUCUCCUAAUACUUUACCUAGUGCUGAAUAAAAUUUGGGGGAAACUCUUUAUUUUUAUAUGAUUUCAAAUUUACAGAAGUUUCCAGGAUAGUACAAAGAACUCUUUUACCCAGAUUCACGAAUCGUUCACAUUUGCUUCAUCUAUCAUGCUCUCUCUGUAUAUAUACAGACAUAUACUGUUUUUUCCUAAAUCAUUUGCAAGUCCGUUUCAGGCAUCAUGCCCUUUGAGCCUUAUAAAUACUUCAGUGUGUAAUACUGAAUAAUUUUUUUAAAUGAUUUUUUCAGGAAAAAAUAAAAGUGGAACUAUCAUACGGUAAGCCUUAGAAUAAGGAAUCAUUUUGAGUUCCACUGUAAAGUUCUUUUUGAGUUUGUUGCCCUCUUAAUGCCUGAUAUGUAUAGUCAUAGGGCGUAUAAUUUUUUUUGUACGUGAGGUUCAUUUCCUUUUUCUCCCUAAAACUUAACCAAUUUCGGGAGGUUUUCAUUAGUGGCAGUCCUUCAAUGAUAAAAAUAUUUGAAGAAGUAUAAGAAUUUUGAUCACAUGGUAAUUGUGAAUGAAAAAAACUAUACCUCAAAAGGAUGUGCCCUCUAUGCGUUUUAGCAGGUGUAUCAUGUUGAGAUGUCACAUUAUUAAUAAAGCAGGAUUUAUUUAUAUAA